AUGCCUGAGAAAAUAUUGGAGAGGAGGCUCAGAGUUGCGGUGGCUCAUCCCCAGGACCCGUUGCUGGCGGGGACCACCGAUAAACCCACAGCCGUCACUCAACAGCCCCGCAAGACUGAACUAUGGUCAGAUAUGCUGAAUGACGAUGACGGUGAUAUGCCGCCAUUAUUCGAGGAUCUGCUCGAAGUGGACCCAGGCGACGAGGGCGCAGACGGCGAUGAUGCCGCUUCUGACUUCCUCGAGGCUGUGGAUAUGGAAGAUGUGGAGGAGGACUCUACAUUCCCAGCGGCCCAGUCCCGACCCUCCAGCGCAUCUGAGGCUGCGACUCCCGUCGAUAGCAGCCUAUAUGAUGUGUGCAAGCGCGCUGCCGCCAAGCUUAACAUAACCUGGCCAGCCGCUGUAGAUGCGGAGGAUGGGGAAAGGGAUUUAUAUGACGGUAAACGGCUCCCGCCAGCGCAUCCACCUCCGAAGCAACUUCUCCCUGCUGUCAGCGCCACUGCAUGA